AUCGCCUCUGUUUAGUGGGACUUUAUAACGUCUAGCCCGGUUUCUUCAGGAGUGGAGCUGUAGGUCGCCAUUAGGGGGCGCUCCUGCAGACCUAGACUUCGCGUCCUUAACGUCUCCGGACCGCUCUCUCUCUCGCAGCUCAUCUCUGUGGUUUUCGUUGUGGUUUCGUCCGGAAUAGGCGGCGCUUCCGGUUCCGGUGGGGCCGUCCUUAGCGGCGGAGAUGGCGGCGACGGCGGCGACAGGGUCUUCGGGCUCUGGAGAGCCCCGGGAAGAGGCUGAAGCCCCGGGGCCCUCCUGGGAUGAAUCCCAACUGCGCAGCUAUAGCUUCCCAACCCGGCCCAUCCCGCGUCUGAGUCAGAGCGACCCCCGUGCGGAGGAGCUUAUCGAGAAUGAGGAGCCUGUAGUGCUGACCGACACAAACCUUGUGUAUCCUGCCCUGAAGUGGGACCUCGAAUACCUGCAAGAGAAUAUCGGCAACGGAGACUUCUCUGUGUACAGCGCCAGCACCCACAAGUUCUUGUACUACGAUGAGAAGAAGAUGGCUAAUUUCCAGAACUUUAAGCCAAGGUCCAACAGGGAGGAAAUGAAAUUUCACGAGUUUGUGGAGAAGCUGCAGGAUAUACAGCAGCGAGGAGGGGAAGAGAGGUUGUAUCUGCAGCAGACGCUCAAUGACACCGUGGGCAGGAAGAUUGUCAUGGACUUCUUGGGUUUUAACUGGAACUGGAUUAAUAAGCAACAGGGAAAGCGCGGCUGGGGGCAGCUGACCUCCAACCUGCUGCUCAUUGGCAUGCAAGGAAAUGUGACUCCUGCUCACUAUGAUGAGCAGCAGAACUUCUUUGCUCAGAUAAAAGGCUACAAGCGAUGCAUCUUAUUCCCUCCGGAUCAGUUUGAGUGCCUCUACCCAUACCCAGUCCAUCACCCAUGUGACAGACAGAGCCAGGUGGACUUUGACAAUCCUGACUAUGAGAGGUUCCCCAAUUUCCGAAAUGUGGUCGGUUAUGAAACAGUGGUUGGCCCUGGCGAUGUUCUUUAUAUCCCAAUGUACUGGUGGCAUCACAUAGAGUCAUUACUCGAUGGGGGGAUUACCAUCACUGUGAACUUCUGGUAUAAGGGGGCUCCCACCCCUAAGAGAAUUGAAUAUCCUCUCAAAGCUCAUCAGAAAGUGGCCAUAAUGAGAAACAUUGAGAAGAUGCUUGGAGAGGCCUUGGGAAACCCACAAGAGGUCGGGCCCUUGUUGAACACAAUGAUCAAGGGCCGAUACAACUAGCCUGCCAGGGGUCAAGACCUCCUGCCAGGUGACUGCUAUCCCGUCCACACCGCUUCACUGAUGAGGACAGGAGACUCCAAGCGCUAGUAUUGCACGCUGCACUUAAUGGACUGGACUCUUGCCAUGGCCCUGGAGGCAGGUGUUUGAGGCGAGGCAGGGCGGUCGGCACUCCGCUCCCACUUGGAGGGACUUCUUACCCUUGCCUCAUGUGCCCAGGCACCUUCUCUCUCUGCCCCCCUAAAGUCCUGCAUUCAGUGUGUGGAGUUCCAGCUUCUGGUUGUCAUCAUGUCUGUAUGUGUUAGUCUGUCAA